GGUGCUUAACGUAAUAUUAAAGAGAUCGUUGGAGACUCCAAUGCUUUUUCUGCGAAAGAUAGUUCUGAAUAAAAAUUUUGAGUUUAUGUUCAAACGAAAUUAUGUGAAUAAUGAAUCACAUCAACCUAUGAAAAUUUUUGCUCAGGAGGGAAACUGAUCAUUUGUAAUUGCUGCUGUGAGAUUAUGUUCCUAAACUACAAGUAGAAUAACGUACAGGCAUGGAUUGUUAUAGAUAUUGCCAAAACUGAAACUAAGGGACCUCUUUCUGGUGUGAGAAUUAUUGACUUAACUAGAAUCUUGGCUGGUCCUUUUUGUACAAUGAUACUUGGUGACCUAGGAGCUGAAGUCAUAAAAAUUGAACACCCAGGAGGUGGAGAUGAGACAAGACGAUGGGGACCCCCAUUUGUGAAAGAAGAAAGCUGCUAUUUCUUAUGUGUCAAUAGGAAUAAAAAAAGUGUUGCAGUCAACCUGAAAGACACUAGAGGACAGUCUUUGGUGAAAGAUCUAGCUAAACAAUCAGAUGUAUUGGUUGAGAAUUACCUACCAGGAAAGUUGGAUGAACUAGGAUUAGGUUUUACCCAAGUUUCUGAAGUAGCACCCCAGUUAGUCUACUGCUCAAUAUCAGGUUAUGGUCCAAGUGGUCCAUACAAGACCAGAGCUGGCUAUGAUGUAAUUGCGGCUUCAAUAGGAGGCCUGCUCCACAUUACAGGGCCACCAAAUGGAGAUCCAUGCAAAGUUGGUGUAGCCAUGACUGACCUUGCCACAGGAUUGUAUGCACAUGGAGCAAUCUUAGCAGCAUUGUUGGAAAGGGAGAAAACAGGUCGAGGUCAAAAGAUAGAUUGUAAUCUUCUGUCUACGCAGGUGUCACUACUUGCCAAUCUUGGAUCCAAUUACCUGAAUGCUGGUAAAGAGGCCAUACGUUGGGGAACUGCUCAUGAGAGCAUAGUUCCGUAUCAAGCUUUCCAAACCAGUGACGGGUAUAUUACUGUUGGUGCAGGUAGUGAUGAACAAUUUCAGAUUUUUUGUAAGUGUUUGGGCUUACAGCAUCUACUGACUGAUUCAAGGUAUAAAACCAACAGAAAUCGUGUAGCAAAUCGACAAGCUCUCCUUUAUGAACUGUCGUCUAGGUUUCUUCAACACUCCACUGAUCACUGGAUGGAAGCAUUUAAUGGUUCUGGCAUUCCAUAUGGACCAAUCAACAACAUUGAGCAAGUUUUUAAUGAUCCACAGGUCCAACACAAUGGAAUGGUUGUAGAAAUGGAGCAAAGAAAUGCUGGUUCUAUCAAAGUAAUAGGUCCAGCAGUAAAAUAUUCCAGUAGUGUUAACCAACCUCGGUUUCCACCUCCAAGUCUUGGAGAGCACACAGAUAGUAUUUUAACAAGUCUCCUAGGUUUAACAGAAAUAGAUCUUCAAGUCCUCCGUGAAGAAAAAGUUAUUUCUUAGUGUUGAAUUUUAUAAAGAAUUUAACAUUAUCACAGUUCUUUUGCUGUUCAAAAAUUGAGGUCACAAAUUAAUUUUGAAAUAUUAAAAGAUGGUUUAAAUGACACGUAUAAAUAUUAUUUUAUAUACAUAAUAGAAGGGCUUGAACUAUAUUUUUCUU